AUGUACGACACCAGUCGCUUUAUCAUUCCGAUGCGCUUUGCCAUGAUCGCGUGGAAGUGGUGUGGCAUUUUCAAUGCGCCAGUUAAGAGAUCGAUCCCCUAUCGUGUCUACUGUUACUUUUUCUACAGCUUCGUGAUGGGACUGUAUCUCUGUGCGCUAGCUCUCAACCUGUUCGUUUCGCAAUCCUUCGAAAAACUUGUGUUCUACAUCAUGUAUAUCGUACUGACCGAGUGCGCAAUGGCUCUGAAGUCCUGGACCAUCUACCGCCAGUUUGCGGUCGUCUGGAGUUUGCACGAGACGAUGAUCGGCCAAUCGUUUCAACCGCUGGACCGAUACGAGAAGGACGCAUGGGAUCGUACACUUCGCCGGUUUACGCUGUGGUUCUACUUUUACGUCUUCGUUAGCCACCUGGCUGCGUUUGGUGUUUUCUCUCAGUUGUUCAGUGCCGAAUAUGGGCUGCCGUUCUUUCCCUGGUUCUUCGGCGUCCCGUACGGCCCAGAAGCCCAAGUUGCGUACUACGCCGUUUUUAUCUACCAGUUCUUUGGAAUGUUCUUUCACAUGUUGCUUAAUGUGGCCAGCGAUACGCAACUAUGCUACUGGCUGCAGAUGAUCGGGCUUCAGCUGGACCUGUUGGCAAAUCGGUUUAGCAAUUUGGGCACGGACGAAAAGUUUGCCAGAUCCUUCGUUCCGCUGGUGCUCCAUUACGAGAAGGUUCGUAGGAUGCUGGAGCGUGUAGCGCGCCUGUUUUCAUUUGCCUACUUUGUGCAGUUCAGUGUGAGUGGUCUCGCAAUCUGUGCCUCGGCGUAUCAGGUGGCAUCGAUGGUAUGUAAAGCAAUAUCAAAACGAACCAAAUCGGACUGAACCCUGUAUCGUUUCCUAUUUUAGCUCAAUCUAAACGAUUUCAGUAAGCUCAUGAACGUGUUCUACAUGAUGUCUAUGACCAUGCAAAUCGGACUACCUUGUUACUAUGGCAACGAAGUGGCACUGAAAAGUUACGCGCUAACGAAUGCAAUUUAUUCCUCCGACUGGUACCACCUGAAGCGGACCAACCGGAAAAAGAUUCAGCUGUUUCUGAUUCGCACCAACAAGCCGUUUGCGGUAACGACAUACGGUUACUUACACUUCAAUCUGCCCGCAUUUAUGAAGAUUCUCAACAUGGCCUAUUCGGUUUACUGUGUCCUGCAGCGUAAAGCAUCUUCUAACAUUUAGUGCAUCAAAUGUCCAAUUCGAGUUCGAGUAUGUUGUGAAAGAAAGGC